AUGGAUGAUCUUCAUUACAAUCCCGAUUUUCUGGUCAAUCACACAAAAGAUGGAAUAAACUCUGAAAAAGCAUCGAAAAGGUUGUGCAAAGUAUUAAAAUUCUCUUCAGAAUUUAGCUUAAUUGAAAAUUUAAAUUAUAUUUCGAUGCUAAAUCCGACAUUAUUUCCAUGUUUAUUUGUUUUUGUUAUCGAGAUAAAAUCGUUGAAUGAAUUUCAAGAAAUUCAAAUUGAAGAUCAUUUUUUCUACCGUUUUGACAAAACGCGGCCAAUAGUAUUACAAAUUAAAGCAGGAAAUGACUCGAAAUGGUUUUAUAGCGAGGAAAAUAAAACUCAAUUUGUUUGUAUUAAUGAAGGACAUGAUGACUAUAUGCACUUGUCGAUACUUUUAUGGAAAUUUUCAAAAAACAAUAAUAAGCAAGAUAUUGAAGAGUUUAUAGACGUGCUGAUUGAUGAAUUUUCCGAUAUUAAAAAUACCUCAACAGUUUUGAGAUUUCUAACAAAUUUGACAAUUUCUGACGAAACUCUUUUUUCAAUCAUGUUACAAUGUGCAUUAAAUGGUUCUCAGGAUGAAUUCUCAUCGUUCCUGAAUGAUUCAUUUGACAAAGAACAUAGAAUAUUUAAUGCUAAUACACAAAAACUAAUGAGUUACUAUCAAAUAGAUGAGGCAACACAAAAUAAAAUUUCAGUACUGCUUCAAGCAGUUGAAAACCCAAGAGGUGACGUUAUUGACUAUUUGAUUUCCAAUUGUACACAUCUGAUUCAAGAACUCCCAUACCAUCAUCGGGUCAAGGUUUCAGAAUAUGCAAUGACAAUUAAUAAGUUUGGAAUUUUAUGUGACUUAUUAGAGUUUUCAGAUUUUCCUUUUCCACACGUCAUUAAUGACUUUUUAAUUCUAAAUGAAAGAUUUUCUAAAAUAUCAAAUGAUAGAAAAUUAUUUCAUAAAUCAAUCUGCGAUGACAACAUAGAUCAAAUUCAAAGUUUUAUUAAUAAAAAUCAAAAUUUAAAAUUUGCUUUCAACAUUGACAAUAAAUCAGCACUUGCUUGCGCUAUGGAACUGAAAAAAUUUAAAACUUAUACUGAUCUUAAAUCAAAAGGCUUUAAAAUAAACGAUGGUGAAAUUAAAGAUUAUGAAAAAGACCUAAAAAAGAAGGAAUUGAUGGAAUGGAAGAAACAAAUAUGGAUACAGACACAAAAAAAUGUAGCAGAAGCUAAAUUGGAUCCUAAAAAGCUUAUUUACCACUUUAAAUCCAGAUCACUCAUUCAUAAAAGAAUGAUUACAAAAGAAGCUGAAGCUAAGAAUCGGACGAAAAUAGAAGAAAUGUUUGAAAACAUUAAUAAAAUUCCAAUUUGCUCAAAAUUUCUUCUUGUGGCAUCUCAAUGUGAAGAUUUAAAGUUUAUUUUUGACUUUGACAGCGAAUCGACGAAUAAUUUACCAGAUGUGUCAAAUUUAUUCAUCUCGUCUGAAAGUUUCCAAAAAAGUGAAAUAUUUGAAAAUUUCAAAUCUAUUACAUGCGAGAAUCAAAAUAUUAAAGUAAUUAUUGACUGCUCAAGAGGUUCAAAUAAUUAUUUCAAACAGCUUAAUGAUCUGAAUUUGAAAUUAAUUGUUGUGCUAGGAAAUAAAAAUCAACUUAUUGAGUUAGAGGAAAUGCUUACAAGUCAGCACUUUAGCCAAAGCAAAGCAGUUAAAGAACUAUAUUUUACGUUUGAAGACUUAACAGUUGAAUGUCAACUUUCUUUGGUCCAAAAGAAAAUCAAAUUUCAAAACAACUCAAACUUGACACUUGAAGAAAUACUUACAAAUAAUGUAGCUGAGUCAUUUGACGAUGGACUUUAUAAAAAAAUUAUUGAUGAUGAGCUUUUAAAGUUACUUGUGGAAAAUCCUCUUGUCUCUAUCAAUACGAAUUCUAAAACUGGAGAUGAUGACAAAUUUUUUGAUAUUCUUUUUCAACCUCGGAAUUUAGUCAAUACAAAAUCUGGCUUAAACGAAGUGGUGUCUGAGGAUAGUCUAUUUGCUAAUGUAAAUAGUAUGAAGAAUAUUCUUAUUUCUGAUCUUGGUGGAACUGGAAAAAGUUGGAUGUUGAAAAAAAUUACACAAAUUUUAAACAAAAAAGUUCCAAAAACUUGGGUCUCAUAUAUUGAUUUGAAACAGCAUAUACAGGCAUUUAAGAAAAUGCAUACGAAAUCUUAUUUUCCACAUUUUUUGGGUGAAGAAAUAAUAAAGCUUGAAAGCAAUUAUGAGAAGCAAAUUUUCAAUUGUCUAUUCGAAAAUGGAAGAACAACCCUUCUUUUUGAUGGAUUUGAUGAAAUUUCUCAAGAUUGUGCAAAAAAUCUUUUGAAUCUGCUUAAAUCAUUUGAAAGUAAUAAUGGCAAUCAAUUAUGGAUUGCAACAAGGAAUUAUUGUGAGGAAUACUUGCAGAAUGAAAUCAAUUUUGAUGCUACUUUCAAUCUUGAAGAAAUCACUGAAGAAAAUGGAAUUGAUCUAGUGAUUCAUACUUGGUUGCUGGAAGAAACACCAAACAUAGAAAAUGAUCUAAAAUCACAUCAUAACUAUGCAAAAUACAAGAAAAUGGUAGAAAAUCUUGGAUCAAAAUUACCAAAGAAAAAAGGUCGCCCAAUUGGAUUUCCUUUGUUCUAUAAAAUGAUUGCAAAUGUUUACAGUAAUGAAAAAGAUUCAAUCGAUAUACUGACAGUUUUUGUAAUAGUUCAUGGCUUUGUGACACAACAGUGUAGAAGAUGGAUGUCUGAAAAAGGUGAAUGUGGAAUUGAAGCAGCCAUCAAAAGUCAAAAUAAAAAUUAUGGAUACUUUCUAAUUCAUCAGUUACUUGCACUAAGAAGUAUGUUUCCAGAAAAGAAAAAAAUUUGUAGUCUUGAUUAUGAUAAACACAAAUGGUCGGACAAAUGCAUCAACAAUUGUGGAUUAGCAACAAAAAACGGUGGCUUAGUAUAUUUUCAGCAUGAAAUUAUUCGUGAGUUUUUUGUUGCCAUGUUUAUUUUGGAUAUUUUGAGACAAUCACCAGAUUCUAUUGAUGAAGAUUUUAUUUCAUUAUUAAAAGAUUUGUUCACAAACUAUAAGUUUAAUGUCAUCAGGAUAUUCAUUAAUGAUGGUAUAAUUCAAGAUACAGAAACAAUUGAUUCAAAUCAUCAGGCAAAUGUUUCUUUAGAAAAUAUCACAGAACAACUGAUAUGUGAGAGAGUUUUGUUAAAAUUAUUUAAAGAAGGACACGUUAAUUUAAUGAAAAUAUUUAUGCCAUUAACUCCCAGUUCUGAUCAUUAUGAAAUGGUUGAAGGAACGCUAAAUCAAACUAUUAAAGAAAUCAUUGAAAUAACUCAAAGCAACGAAAAAAUAAUAGAAAUAUUAAAACUUAUCAUAAAUUUUUUGACAGACGAUGAUUUAAAAAAUCUUUUUUGGGAACAGGAAAUAUUUCAAAAUAUUAUGAAAUUGCGAUCAGAUAUAACAAUCUUGGAAACAAUUGCUGCGAUGCUUGAAAUCAAGACAGGAAAGCUUUUUGUCGAGAAACUGCUUGAAAAGAAAUGCCUGGAUAAUAGAAAUUGCUUUUAUUUCCUAUACAAGUCCGAUUAUUGUGAUGAAAAAAAUUUUAAAAUUCUAUUUUUAUUUUUACAAAAAUACUUAAGCAAAUGUGUAAUUGUAAAAAUGAUUAAACAGUGCGACAACAACACAAAUAAUAUUUUACAUAUUUGUGUCAAAAUGAUGAAUGUAGAAAAAUUAAAAAUAAUGUGGAAAGAGAUUCAAAAUGUUUGCGACAGUUUAAAAUCUUUACUUUGUUUUAAAGAGCUUAUUAUUCAAAAUGAGUCAAUAUUACAUGUGGCUGCGUCCUGUGACAAUGAACAUUUUCAUGAAACUUUAUGGACUUUAAUACAUCAAACGUAUCCCGAGAUGAAUGAACUAAGCAAAUUAAUAAUUCAUAAAGAUAAAAGUGGAUCCAGUUUUCUUGACUUACUUGUUAAAAAUAAGAAUCAUAAAAUACUUGAAUGUUCAUUAAAUUUCAUUAUUAGAAUCCCUUUCAAAGAUAUUUUAAAUUUAAAGAAUAAGGAUGGCAAAAAUUUGCUUCAUUUUAGCAUUUGUACAUGCAAAACUGAUACACGGAUACAUAAUAUUUUGUGGAAUCAUUUAAAACAUCAAAUUGUUUCAUCCAACAUAGUAAAAGAAAUUCUACUACAAACUGACAAUGAAGAUAAUACUAUUUUUGAAUUAAUGGCAAUCCAUUCAUCCAAAAAGGUUUUCACUUUUAUAAUUCAAAAUAUAAUUAGUAUAUUGGAAGAAGAAUUCAUCACGAUACUAAAAUGUUUAAAUAAUCAGAAAAAAAACUUGAUUCAAAUUGCAGUCAAGAAUAAUUUUGACUUAGAAUUUCAUGAGCAGCUAUGGAAAGUUCUCAACAAAUAUCUAGAUUCCAAUGAUAUUUUAAAGAUAAUACAAUCAAUUGAUACAUCUGGAAAUACAUUGCUUAUGUUAGCAGUUCUUUAUAACAAUCAAAGUUGUGUCGAACUAACAUGGAAUGAAAUAGCAAAUCAUGUGAAAGGAAAGAUCGAAAGACACGAGUAUUUAAACAUUGUUGGGCUGGAAGGAAUAUCAUUAUUAGAUUUAUCCAGGAAAAAUAGAUUUAAAGGUGUAAAUUUGUUUGUUGGAGAGUUAUUAAACAAAAUAACAAUAAAUGGUCAUCCAUACGGCGAAGCACUAAACUUGUUAAAAUUUGAAAAAGAUAAUAAAGUCGUUGUUGAUAUCAAAAAACUUCAAUCAAUACUUGAGCAAAAAGACGUUCGUAAUCGUAAAAUUGUGGCUUUUUCAAUCAUUGGAGCUAUGAGGAAAGGAAAAAGUUACUUUUUAAAUUACUGCUUAAGAUUUCUUUAUGCAAAUGUAAGUAAUACUUCAAUCUUCAACUGAUUAUUGGAAUUUUUGUUGCUUAAUACCAAUUGUUGAGCUGAAGUGGCUCGGUGGCGGAAUGGUUUAGGACUUCGGUGACUAAUUAUUGCAAUACUGACACAGCAAUCAAGGGUUCGAGACUCGGCAUGGCGAAUUUUUCAGUUGCCAUUUUUCGAAUCAUAUGUACUGGAAAUGAGGCUCACUGCCUUCCUUUGUAGGCUACAGGCAGUAAUGUCAUCGGAGGAAUGAUUCGGAUCUCACUAUAAACUGUAGGUCUAGGUUUAAGCAGGAGGUAUAGCAACCCCUUCUCUCGUUAAACUAUCAUUAGCCUCGUAACGCAUAAAACAAGCUGCUAUGGAUCUUAAGAUCUGAAUGCUAAAGUUUAUUUUAUUUAAUACCGAUUGUUAAUGUUUAAAUAAAAUUAUAAAAUCUAUAAAUUUCUUUUUAGUAUCGCUCAACAAACUUUAAAAAUAAUCCAGUUUCUAAGCCAGAUGAAUGGAUUGGAAAUGAAAAUGAACCACUUAAAGGAUUUUCAUGGCGUUCUGGAUCAAAACGUGAUACUGUUGGAAUUACGAUAUGGGACGAUGUUUUCCUUCAUACAGAUGAGUUUGGUCAAGAAAUUGCAAUUGUAGUAAUGGAUUUACAAGGACUUUUUGAUCACGACACAUCGCAAGAAAACAAUUCAAAGAUGUUCGCUAUUGGAACAUUAAUUUCAUCAAUUCAAGUGUUUAAUAUUUCAACACAAAUUCAAAAAGAUCAGCUUCAGCAUUUACAAUUUGUAGCUGAUUAUGCAAGAUACCCGAAAAAUUAUUUGGCAGAAAACAAUUUUAAAUGCUUCCAAAACUUGAUGAUUCUUGUAAGAGAUUGGCCUCAUCAAAACGAUUACGACUAUGGGAUGGGAGGCGGUGAGAAAUAUAUCAAUGAGUUAUUCAGAAUAGCCAAACAACACAAUAAUGAACUUGAUCACGUUGACGCAUAUAUUCAUGAUUCUUUCGAAAGUGUAGGUUGCUGCCUGCUUCCUCCUCCAGGAACUAACGUAAUCAUGGGGAAGAAAAAUGGACCUGACUACGAUGGAAACCAUAAAGAGAUGAAUUUAGAAUUUAAAUCAGAACUAAUUAAAAUAAUUGAAUUUCUUUUAUGUCCAAAAAUUCUCGCGAUUAAGAAAAUUAAUAACGAAGCAUUGACAUCAAAAAAAUACUUACAGUAUGUUGAUCUUUAUUUUAAAAUGUUUUAUUCUGAACAACUUCCAAAAGCCCAAGCAGUGUAUAUGUCCACUAUUGAACAGCAUUUUGAAAUAAUGGUCAAUUUUUGUUUUGAAGAAUAUAAAAGUGAAGUUAAAUCAAAGCAAUUUUUUAUCAACAAUGUUGACCAAAUUCCAAUUUUUCAAGAUAUGUUAGUACUUAAACCUAUGCUAAAAUAUAACGAAACAGUUAAAAUGAACAACAAAGAUUUUUAUUUGAAAUAUAAAGAAGUUUUAAGAUUAAGAAUCAAGGAGGAUUAUGAAAGUUGGAGUAAUUCAUUAGCGAAAAAACUUACAUUGGACAAUAUGAAAAGUCAAAAUAAUUUUGAAAUUGUAAAUGCAAAACUAUCUAAAUUGAGAAAGGAACAUAGUGAACUUCAGAAAAGUCAUGAAGCUGAAUCACGAAAGUUUCAAAAAGUUUGCCAAGAACUUGAGAAAAAAGAUUUGGAACUUAAGGAGAAGAAUCGUGAAAUUCAAACACUUAAGAAAAAAUUAAAUCAAAAUUUAUGAUUAAAAGAAAACUUGGAUGAUUUACUAUCCUCUUGCUUCCUUGCAUUUUUAUGUUAAUUUAAGUAUAACUGAAAUUUGUUGCUAAUUCUGUAAUAAUAUUGAGGAGUGUUGAAUGUUUUUUGUGCUAACAAAAAGUUGAUGAAUUGAAUUAAUCAACUAACAUAAUAUCUCAUGCUCAAGAAAGCCGGCUCUUUAAUCAUUUAUUUUCAAAAUCCUAAAUUUAAGCAAUACUUGUGAGUUCGAGAUUUGGCAAGGAAAACUCUUUUUUCUUUUUUUUAAUCACUUUUAUUUAAAAGUAAACUCACAACAUUACUUUAGGCAGAUUUAUCGAAUAAUAGUUUGAAUCCUAUUUGUAAUUUUAGACUAGGUUUGAGAGGAAGUUUUUCUAUAAACCUUGUGUAGAUAAGAGGAAAAAAGAGACUUUUGAGAGCCAGAAGUUUAUUAACAUAGAAGAUUUUUAUAAAUAAUUGAAAUUUUAUUAAUUUACUAGUUUUUAAGUAUUAUUAUUAUUGUUAAUUAAAGUAAGAUAAAAUAAAACAUCAAGCUCACGUAUUAAUCGCUAGAAAUUCUAUAAUAAAUGUGAA